CACUGCAAGGGCUCUGCGCGGGAACGCUAACUUGGUCCGGAGCGAGCCUGGGUGUCAGCCCCGCGAACAGCCUUUCACGAGUCUUCAAGCUUUCAGGCUAUCUUCUAGUCAAGAUGAGUGAUAAGCCAGACUUGUCGGAAGUGGAGAAGUUUGACAGGUCAAAACUGAAGAAAACUAAUACUGAAGAAAAAAAUACUCUUCCCUCAAAGGAAACUAUCCAGCAAGAGAAAGAGUGUGUUCAAACAUCAUAAAAUGGGGAUCGCCUCCCAACAGCAGAUUUCAACAUUACCUGAGAGUCUUGAUUUUAGGCUUGUUUUUUGUAAACCCAUGUGUUUGUAGAGAUUUUAGGCAUCUUCUGAUAUCCUCUCACCUAUGUUCCCUGGCUAAGAAGUCAGAGGUAGCCAAUGUUUCCUUAAAUUCAUUUUUAAACUUACCAUUGGUGCAUAUGUUCCAGAUGGCAGAUGCUGUCAAUAAUCUCACCAUUGAUGACCUUUGUGUAUGUAGUUCUUGCAUCCCAUACUGGAUAAGCCUGUUUUAACCUGCUAUGAUGGGUGCUUCCAUUGCUUCAUAAUCUUCAUGAAGUUGCAUGCUUUUGCAGCUUUUCACAGUUUAUUUGCAUUUCUAAUGUAGUAAUAAAGUAACCAAUAUAAUCAUUAUCUUGAGACUCCUGUGGUUAACUCUUGGUGGUCUUCUAUGGAACGAAAAGUACACAAGGAUAUACUUUUCAGCCAAACAGAAUGGUUGAAGGAAAACUGUUUUAGCAGAUUAUUCACGUGGGAAAUAUUUACUUCUCUCCAGGUCUAGUGAGUCCUGACUUGGGGAUGCUAGGUGCUAUUUCUUUAGAGUUGGAAUCACAGAGUUAGAAAACCUUGGGAAGGGAGGUCAUGUGGACUAACCCCCUUAUCUCAGAAUGAAGAAAUGAAAAUACAAGGUCUGAAGUGAUCUGCUCAAGAUGAAUAUUAAAGCGGAGCGCUCUUGCCUUUUGGAAAGUAUUUUUCAACUUAAUGGAAGGGGACACCCAAGGCUGGGGUUUGAUGGGGAAGGGGCC